CUCGCUCCUCCACCAUCAGCAGCAGCAUCAGCAGCCUCGCCUCUGUCUGCCUGUGCUGUGCUCAUUUCCAGCCUCUCCUCCUCCUCGUCCCCAGCCACGCGUUGCAGCUGCGAUGAAAGCUCAGCAGUCAACGGCGCUGGUGUUGCUUCUGUGCCCGGCACUCAUCUCCCUGACCCUCUGUGCCAAGAAGAAGUCUCCAGAGAAGGCAGUGACUCGGAACGCGACCAACGCAAGCACUCCGACCACGACGCAGCGGACGGACGUGGCACUCACAGCCGCCAAGAAACGCGAUGUGAAUAAGGACGUGGAUUACCAGUGCCUCGCUGAGAAGCUCACCCUCCAAUCCUGUGACAAGGUGCCCUGCAAGCCGUGGCAGAAGUGCGUGAAGGGGCAAUGCCUGUGCAAGCCGGCUUACAAGUGUCCCAAGUUGAGGCAGCCUGUCUGCUCGCUGGACAAGAGGAACAUCCCUUCCUACUGUCACCUCAAGAGCUCCGAAUGCUUCAAAUACGUGAAGGGCUUCUCUCACUUCGGACAAUGCGCCGACAAAGAAGUUUCAAAUAUUAUCUUCACGGAGGCUCCGGAUGGGUACAAGUUCGUGCAAAUGGUCGUCGGAGGAGUGCCGAUGCAAAUUUCUGACCAGGAUUGGAGCAUCACGGACGCAAAUGUGGCCUGCAGACAGAUGGGGUUUCCGCUGGGAGCUGAGAAGACGAUGAUCCUGGGGUGCGCCGACUCCGACGAGCAGUCGUUCGUGACGCACGUGCGAUGCAAAGGCUUCGAGAGCAGCUUGUCCGAGUGCCAUUACAAAGUUGGUGACGGAACGCAGGGGGAGGAUCAUUCCUGCAGAGCAAAAGUCGCCGUUAAAUGCAGCGCGAGCGCACGAGCGUGCGCCGGCGACUCCUUCACGUGCGUCAACGGGAAGUGCAUCGACGAGGCGAGGCUGUGCGACGGCUACAAUGACUGCGGCGACCUGAGCGACGAGGUUUGCUGCAAAGCGUGCAAGAACGACUCGCUGUGGUGCAGCACGGGGAUCUGCGUGCCGCGGGCCUUCGUGUGCGACGGAGAGAACGACUGUUACAACCGCGAGGACGAAACGUCGUGCGGUCAAAGCGAUCACGAGUCGAACACAGAACUGAAAGGUGUACUGCGUGAGAGAGCGGAGGUCACGAAGGCCCAAGAGCUGAUCUGUGGCAACUCGACCUUCCAGCCGCACGCCCCUCCUCCCGGGAGAGUACGCAGACUCAUCGGCGGCAAGAACGCCGAGCAGGGUCAAUUUCCGUGGCAAGCGGCGGUGCUCAAAGAAAAGUUCGUUUGGACGUGCGGCGCCGUGUACCUGGGCAGUCACUGGGUGCUGACAGCAGCGCACUGCGUGGGAUUCGGACGUGCGAACAUGCGCGUCCGUCUGGGCGAGCACUCGCGCAACACGAAAGAAGAGUCGCAAGACAGCAUGUCAGUGGAGAGCGUGACGAUCCACUCUGGCUACAACGCCAACACAAACCAGCACGACAUUGCGCUGCUGAAGCUGCGCAUGUACAACCAGCAGUACCAGUACUCUCGGUACGUGUCACCUGCCUGCCUGCCGCGCUCGCCGCUGCAGUUCGAGAGGCAUCAUACGUGCUACGUGUCGGGCUGGGGCACUGCUCGUGACUUGCAGUCGUCCAAUAAACACCCCGAUGUCUUGCGCUGGGUUGACGUGAACCUCAUCGCAAACUGCUCCAAAAUCUACAAUCAGUACUUCAUGGAUGGGAUGGACUGCGCAGGGAAGCACGACGGCUCGGCGGACACCUGCGACGGUGACUCCGGGGGUCCACUCGUCUGUUUCGACAACGGCGGAAAGGCGUACGUUUGGGGUUUGGUGAGCUGGGGUGAUGGCUGCGGAAACGUCGAUCGCCCCGGUGUCUACGCCAAGGUGGCAUACUACCUUGACUGGAUCUUGCAGCACACGAGCACAGAUCUGUUUCCGCACUACUGAUCAUCUGCCCAGCCCCUGCUAAAGGCUCGUAAUGUACGUUGGACCUAUCUUGAGUUGAAGCUUUCGUGACUGCAAGGAAUCCAUAUUUUUUGGUUCUUUCGGUAGGUAGAAAUAAUAUGAAAUGAAACAAAUCACGACGUUUCGAUCGCAACACAAGCUGAUGACGUCCGCUUGUGUUGCGAUCGAAACGUCGUGAUUUAUUUUAUUUUAUUUCUAACUAUGUGACUUUACCGACAGAACCAAAGAAUAAGUACGUUGAACCUCUUUCGCACCGUACGUAGCCAACCGUGAUAAUCGGAGGCGCGGGGAAGGACAACACAACCUUAAUAAACUACUGUGAUGAUCAUAGUGGUGGUGGUGAUCAUUCUGUUGAGCAUUUCACCUUUGGAGGUUAAGAAUGACUGUGUCAUGUACCCCGGAGUUUCUGUUUCCUCCCCCCCCCCCUUUAACCAAGGUCAGGCGACAGGUUUGUGGACAAUGCAGCUAGCCUGACAACCCAGAUCAACCAUUGCCCUCACAUGACCCCCCCCCACCACCACCACACCGUAUGGGGAAAAAAUAUAAAUGCAGAAAUAACAAUUUUACAUACUCUUUGGUUCUUUCGGGAAAGUCACGUAGUUAGAAAUAGGAUAAAACUAAUCACGACGUUUCGAUCGCAACACAAGCGUUCAUCAUCAGGCGUGUUGCGAUCGAAACGUCGUGAUUUAUUUGAUUUGAUUUAUACCCACGUGACUUUACCGAAAGAACCAAAGAGUAUGGAUUCCUGCAGUCACGAAGCUUCAAAUCAACAAUUUUAGCAUUUAAGGUCAUUGCAUCCUCGGUGGGUUGACGCGGCACGGCGAGACUAGGAUACAUCAUACAAUGUUCACGAUAAUCGAAUUGUCCGUUUUUGCAUAUUAUAGUCUUAUCGCGUUUGUCACUUUUUUGUUUUGUUCCUAUUUGAACACAUGACAAAAUGUGCUCGAAAUAGCAAAUUCACAAUGAUUAGAAAUGCAAGUGAAUAGCUGCAAUGUUACCCUCCAAAUUGAAAUGAUUGGCAAAAGAUUGCCGGGACAGAUGUACGGCGCAGUGGCUCGUUUCAUUAGUUGUGCAAGUUCACUUGAAUUCUCUCACGUAUUUGCCGUGCUGCAAAAGGGUCAUCGAUUGUAAAGUCGCAAUGUAUUUGAAUACUUAUUUGGAGUAGACUGCAGUUUAAGGAGUUUUAAGGAAGUUUGAUUUGUACUGGAAGUACAAAAAAAGUAAAAAAAAGUCAUACAAUGGAGAUGUGAAAUAUGAUUACAAAGUUACGGGGAGGUUGAUAUCGCAUUAAUCGUUCGAUUGUGAAAACAUAGUACUGUAUCGUGCAAAUUUACAAUGCAUAAAACCAUACUUAUUUGCCGUCGUGUAUAAUAACCCAGUCUUUUCAAAUGGAGAACAAAUCAUAAAUAGAGGAAUUACGGCAUCACGGACUUGAUAAGUGCCAGGAAAUUGUGGUACUUUCCCAAUCCUCAUGCAUGUUGUGAUUGCUUGUUUAACAAUGACACCAAGUAGCAGCAGCAGCAGAUCACAGUUCUGUUCAUGGUUCAAAAUAAAAUAUGACGUUCAAAACUGUAGCGAAAUAAACAAUCACAUCUA